UUGUCGAAUUUAAUUCUGAAAAUGCUACAAACUGCCAUUUUGGUAAUUUUAUUGUCAAUUUCUAUUCAAUUCGUGAACUCAGAAGAAGAAGAAUGGUGGCGAGGAGCGAAUUUUUACCAAAUUUAUCCAAAAAGCUUUAAAGAUUCCGAUGGUGAUGGUUACGGCGAUUUACAAGGCAUUCGUUCAAAAAUCCCAUAUUUGAAGGAAAUUGGAAUUACAGGUGUUUGGCUAUCUCCAAUUUAUACUUCUCCGCAAAAGGAUGGCGGAUAUGACAUUACCGAUUAUAAAGCGAUUGAUCCAAUUUUUGGUACUAUGCAAGAUUUUGACGAACUUUUAGCUACGGUGAAAGAACAUGGAAUGCAUUUGAUUCUCGAUUUUGUGCCAAAUCACACUUCCGAUGAAGCAGAAUGGUUUAAGAAAUCCGUUGCACGUGAUCCACAAUAUGAAAAUUAUUACGUUUGGCAUCCCGGAAAGCCAGAUCCUGAUGGCGGACAAAAUCUUCCCCCGAGCAACUGGUUAAGCGUUUUUCGUUUCAGUGCGUGGAAAUGGAAUGAAGAAAGAGGAGAAUAUUAUUUGCAUCAAUUUGUCGAAGGACAGCCUGAUUUAAACUAUCGAGAUCCCAAUUUGGUCGCUGACAUGAAAGAUGUUUUACGUUUUUGGCUUCGUCGAGGCGUUUCUGGCUUCCGUAUCGACACAAUCCCGAAUCUUUUUGAAACUGUAAACGAAGAUGGAAGUUUUCCGGAUGAACCUGCCAGCGGAUAUUGUGACGAUCCUGAAUCGCAUUGCUAUUUGAAUCACAUUUACACUGCCAAUCUGCCCGAAACGAUGGAUAUGGCGUACCAAUGGCAUGCCGUUUUGGAAGAAUUUCGUCAUGAUGAAGUAAAAAUCUUGAUGACUGAAGCUUAUUCUUCACUCGAUAUCAUUGUCGAGUAUUAUGGAAAUAGUACACAUAAUGGCAGUCAAGUACCAUUCAACUUUGAAGUGUUGACGAAACUUAAGAAAGACAGUUCGGCACGUGAUUUAAAGAAAAUCGCGGAAAAUUACCUUAAUUACAUUCCUUCGGGGCGAGGUUAUCUUCCGAAUUGGGUGUUAGGCAAUCAUGAUCAACAUCGUUUCCCAUCACGUUUGGGCGAAACACGCGCUGAUUUGUACAACAUUUUUCUCCAAACGAUGCCCGGCAAUGCAAUUACGUAUCAAGGCGAAGAACUUGCCAUGCCAAAUGUCGUUGUAAGUUGGGAAGAUACGCAAGAUCCGCAAGCUUGCAAUACAAAUCGAACAGUUUAUCAUUCGUAUUCACGAGAUCCCGCGCGAACGCCUUUUCCAUGGGAUGGAACAACAAACGCGGGAUUUUCUACAGGAACGCCAUGGAUUCCUGCGGGAACAGAAUAUCCCUUAUAUAAUGUAGAAAAACAGAUGAAAGACACAAACAGCCAUCUGAAAAUCUUUAAAAAACUGACGACACUUCACAAAAGUCCCGCAUUCAAAAAUGGUAUUUAUGUGCCGACAAAUUACAUAAAUGACAAUGUAUUUUCUUACCUUCGAAGUGAUAAUAAUGAAACUUAUGUGAUUGCUUUGAAUUUUGGAAAACAAAUGGAACAUGUCAACUUUAAUGAUGCUUUUGUCAAUUUGGGUAAAACAGGCGUUGUAGAAGUUGCUUCGUUGGGGUCAUCAUUGCAAGAAGGAUCGGAGUGCACUUUAAAUAGUGUAAGCAUUCCAGCCGACACAGGAGUUGUUAUCAAAGUAAAGAAUGGAGUAGCUGCGUUAUUCAAUAGAUUACAUAAUUGGUUGUUGAUUCUCGUUGUUACGAUAUUUGUUCUUUUCAAGAGUUAUUGAAUAAAUGAGUCUAUGAUAUAAUUCAUUAUUUUUUUC